AUGUACCACAACUUGAUUAAAGGAGGUGCGUGUAUAUCUGUCAGAGGAGGUGCGUGUAUAUCUGUCAGAGGAGGUGCGUGUAUAUCUGUCAGAGGAGGUGCGUGUAUAUCUGUCAAAGGUGGCGUGUGUAUAUCUGUCAGAGGAGGUGCGUGUAUAUCUAUCAGAGGAGGUGUGUGUAUAUCUAUCAGAGGAGGUGUGUGUAUAUCUGUCAGAGGAGGUGAUUGUAUAUCUGUCAAAGGAGGUGUGUGUAUAUCUGUCAGAGGAGGUGCGUGUAUAUCUGUCAGAGGAGGUGCGUGUAUAUCUGUCAGAGGAGGUGCGUGUAUAUCUGUCAGAGGAGGUGCGUGUAUAUCUAGGAGGUGCGUGUAUAUCUAUCAGAGGAGGUGUAUGUAUAUCUAUCAGAGGAGGUGUGUGUAUAUCUGUCAGAGGAGGUGCGUGUAUAUCUGUCAGAGGAGGUGCGUGUAUAUCUGUCAAAGGAGGUGUGUGUAUAUCUGUCAGAGGAGGUGCGUGUAUAUCUGUCAGAGGAUGUGUGUGUAUAUCUGUCAGAGGAGACUCCCAUACCACCUUAAUAAUGUAUUCCUUUGUAAAGUUUGCGGUUGUCAUCCCGAGAUGGUUGAUCUGUUAUGUAAUAUCUGUUUCACAGAUGACAACUGA